AUGGAUCUGAACAGCUCUAAUCUCCUGGAUGCCCUCUUCGAGGGACAGGAAGAAUUGGUCCUCAACGGCUCCUUUGCUGCAGCAGACCCCAAACCCAAUUUCUUGCUUCAAGACCACCCUUACGUCUGCAUUUCAGACAAAGCCUGUGAGACUUGGACAUCUGGCGGAGCUCAGGGACUGAACGACGACGACCCUGAGGAGCUCUUUCAACUGCUGAUCAACCCCAACGACAUCUACGAUUCCAGCAGCGCUGUUGCCUCUCCAGAGAGCGACAGCGGGAUCUCCGACGACCCCUGCGUGGACACCCCGCUACAAAAUGAGCCGAGUCCCCCAGCCGCAUCCCCUCCCGUUAUUUACGAGGUUAUCUGCGACACGGGCAUGGUGGAAGGCACAGGCCUGCCUGAUCACGUGUUCUCCAGCGCCCAAGGGAACUGGGCACCCCCAGGCAUCGUCCCUGAGGCCUGCGCGGCAAGCAGAGUAUCGCUCCACUUGUUCGAGAAUGCGGCUCAAGCUGACCCACCAGGGAUUGCGAGGGAGCAGGGGACUCCGGAGCAGCUGUCUCUCCCACCGGGACUCUGCCUGACGGAUGAAGAAAGACGGCUGCUGAGCCGGGAAGGGGUUUCGCUGCAGAACAAUUCGCCUCUCACCAAGGCAGAAGAGCGCAUCCUGAAGAAAGUGCGGAGGAAAAUCCGGAACAAGCAAUCUGCUCAGGACAGCCGCCGGCGCAAGAAGGAGUACAUCGACAGCCUGGAGAACCGGGUGACAGCCUGUUCGGCGCAGAACCAGGAGCUGCGGAGGAAAGUCCAGGAGCUGCAGAUCCACAACGUGUCGCUGCUGGAUCAGCUACGAACACUGCAAGGACUCAUCAAGCGAACAUCCACCAAGGCAGCCCAGACUACCGCCUGCCUCAUGAUACUCAUCUUCUCCCUUGGACUCCUGAUCUUGCCCAGUUACAGCUCCUUAUUAAGUGGAACCCAACUCAGCCGGGAUGGCUACAAACCCUCCAGAGUGAUCUCCCGGCACAUCCUGACCCAAGGAGGUCUCUCUGGACCUGAGGAGCUCCCUGCCGCUGCCGAUCCGGAAUUGCCUCGGGUUCAAGUAGAGCUGAUGCCGGAGGACCCCGACACCAGGGGAGCCCCCCUUGAUCCUGCGGGGAAGCCCACGACAAACGCCUCCGAUCCAGAGCCACCGAGGAUCUCCCAGGAGGAGCCGAAGCAAGGCUUGGUGGCGAAAUCCACGCGGCCCGAACCGGACAAAGAUCCGGGGAAGCCGAUGCACAUGGAUGAGAUGUGA